AAUGUCCACCCGUGCGAAGCCGGGACGGGCCGCUAGUAUCACAUAUUUUUUUAAAGUUCUAAUGUUUUUUUACGUGGUAGAUCGUGCCCCUUGUACCGUACGACACAAAAUUAACAAGCGCACAAUGACGGUAAAGUACCACGAUGCACUACUCAAUAUAAAACACAAUUGACCUCCAUACGUCAACAAUAGGUCCGUUCUCAGUCACCUGCCGCGAUCUCUCCCUCCGUGUCGAUUGUUAUCAAAUGUCGAUCGGGAUGGAUCUCAAGAUUUUCAUAUUAUGUACUCUCACUCAACUAGUGCACACUAAGAGUGUCAAUCUUGGUGUAGUGAAUGACCACGAAGGCGUCAGGAAGGUAUACGAAGGAGUCAUUAAAGCGAGCGGCACACUGCUCUUAAAGACGGUGAAAACGAUGGCUUUCGAGUAUCCAGGAGAUGAGAAGAUAAGAGGGAUCGCAGUGAAGGAUUUGGACAACGGUGCUGCCCAGCCGGCUAUCAACCGUGGCGGUCUGGGAUACAAUUUCGUGAAUCUCAAAUUUAAGAGUGAGAGAGGUUCAGGGUUCAGGUUUCUAGUUGAAAUAUACAUGUGAUAUUUGGAUGUGGUAUUGUGUGAUUAUAUAAUUUUGAAGUAAUUGAAUGCUUAUAGUAGAUUUUAUAAUUUAUAAUAAUAAUAAUAAUAUAUAACCUUCAAGAAAAGAGCAUAUUCCUUUUUAAAAGGCCUGCCUUUUAGCUAAGCAUACCUGCAAUGGCUUUGGUGUUGUGGGUGAUCAUGGGCGGCGGUAGUCACUUACCGUCAAGUGAGCCGCAAGCUCGUUUGCCCACUUUGUAGUAAAAAAAAAUAAUUAAAAAGUAUUCUGUCUUUUUUUUAUUUCUCUGUUCUUGUAACUUAGUAUUAAUGUAGUUUUGUGUACUUGUAAUGCAAGAAGAUUGACCAAUUAUUAUUUGAUGUGUAUUUUAUAGAAGUAAAAUAGAUUGGAAUAU